AUGCUGCUCCCGUCCGUCCAUCCUCUGCUCGGGCUCCUCCUGCUGCUCCCAGGUCCUGCUGCUCCCACAAACUCCUCCACCCCUGCUGGAACAGGUCAAUCCCAGCCUGCAGCACCCAGCCCUGAAGCAAAGAACCCUGAAACAAAGAACAGCUCAGAGCCAUCAGUAACAACAGCAUCACUGACCGACCUGAACCUCAUCUCUGGGGGCCAAAAUACGACAGCCAAAACCUCCCCCACCCCUACAACAACCCUGACAGCAACCACUGAGAGAGAUGAUAAGUCCAGUGGAAACAGAAGCACAGCAGCUCCUCCUCCAACACCUCAAGGUCAGGAUCCCGUGAGGAACGAGAGCAUCACCACAUCAGCGACUCAAGGCACCUCCAAACCCAUCACCCCAACACCCAACUCCUCCAGCCACUUGCCUGAGCCCACCCCAACAGAUGAGAAAUCACCACUGACAGUGGCAGCUUUUGGUGUCAUCAGCUUUGUUGUUAUCCUGAUAGUGGUGGUCAUCAUCCUGGUCAGCGUGGUCAGCCUGAGGUUCAAGUGCAACCACUCCAAGGACUCGGAAGACAAACAGAAACCAGGAAGCUCCAUGGUGUCAGAGAGCUGCUCGGCAGACACAAGCCAGAAGGGGAACAGCAUCACUCUGAUCUCCAUGAAGAACAUCAACACCAACAACAGCAUGAGCUACCCCCCGUCAGAAAAGGUUUCCCUUUUCAGCCUUGCUUUUUAG